AUGAAUAAUAAUUUAAACGUAGAAGAACCCUUCAAAAAAAGGCGACGGAAGAACAUAGAUGUAGCAGAACCACACAGUGAUGAUGCAGUGAAAAACUCCCUAAUAGAAGAAAAAUGUUUUAAAAUUCGUAAAAAACAUAUUCCAAAAUUCCGAUUUAAACCAGCAGGAGAGAAUGCAUCUUUAAUUGUAACAGCGGAGGAAAGAGUACCAUUAAUGCUCACUGAUGUACAGCAUCUACUACUGCAUCCUUUGUUAGGAAACAUUAAUCUUUGUCAAGCACCUCGAUGGUUCAGAGCUCAC